UCUCUAGCUGUAUUCGUUGCUCGUUUCGCUUAGUGCUGUCUUCUGCGAAGAUAAGUGCAACUGGCUGUCGUGGAUCAUUCCAGUAAUACGCAGGCGAUCAGUAGCUAUGCUGGACGAGGGCCAAGGAAACGUCACUGGAGCAGGCUAGUCACACUGGCAUUGUUGUUUUGUUUGCGGAAAAGCAGUGCGAGUGGCUUUGCGGUCCACAGCAAACUGGUGACGAGCUUUACGGGAACAGCAACAGCAGUAAAAGUAGCGCCAAAUAAUCUAUGCUGCAAAUACUGCAACAACAAUUCAUUACUUUUGCGACUAUGUAAAUUUCUAUACAAGUUAGACCUCUAUCGGUACAGCAUAAGCUGUGUUCGUAAUGCGGUUUGUGUACCAAAGCGCUAGCAGCAGCUCAAGUGACAUCGUAAGUAGUGGAUUACACAGGCGUAUGUCGGUGUCAUAAAAGAUACGGAACAAGCAGUUUCGAGUUCGCCUUCUCAUUUCUGCGGCCUUCCGUUGAAACGACUGGAGUUCAGGCUGCCGCCUAUUACUACCGAGAAGGUGCCUGGGCAGGCGUGCGCCAAGGUUUGCCUCUCCUGUUUUCAGCCUGUUUCGUCUGGUUGUAUUGUAAAUACUUCACAGACGAUCAUGAUACAUAGAAGAAGUGUUGGCUAGCAGCAGAGUGGAGAGUGUCAAUAGGGUAGCAGAGUGCACAAACUACGCCACCAGCCAAUCAAGCCUAGAGAGAGAGCGGGGAACAACAAAACAAGCGCAGAGUUUGUUGAGGGCGUCAGUUGAUGCUGCUGCCGCUACUGCUCCCGCCGUCGCCGCGAGCGCCGCUGUCCUCCUCCGGAUCGCCACUGGUUGUAGCGCCUGGAUUGCAAUGUCAAUAAUCAGCCUAAAAUGAUGUCAUGUUAAUUUCUCACAUAUAAUGGAAGAGGCAGUCGACCGACGAAAGGAAACAGAGCGGGCGCAAAGUGAGGACCUGGCGCUAAAUGUGAACUAAUCUAGAAGUAUAGCAUGAAUACCAUCGGAGAGUGAAUCCUCAAUCCUGGAAUCCAAUCAACCAUUGCGGCGAUCUCGUGCGUAUGGUGCGCACAUCAAUGGCUACGCUAAUUUGUGUUUUGCAAAUGUUUUGCUAACAGGAACAACAGCUUUCAGCUGAUAGCAGUUGCCGAGUGUCGUGCAUUGACUGGCGCGUAGAUGCAAGAAAACAGUCAGCUAUGCCGUAAGGAAAUUUCAGCAUUCGUAAAAAGAGGGCGUUGGUUAUUGAAUUCUGAUACCGCCUGCCGCCAGCUAAAUGGCUGGCACUUCGUCGAGUUUCUCAAUCUAAGGUGUGUUAUCGUUCUCGUGGAGGGCAAAACAGGUGUCAUGAGAGAGAAGUCGGUGCCGAACAACUGGAACAAGUGGGAUUGUAAUUCGACAAUUUUGCAAGGCAUCUUUGUUCGAUCCAUGUUUAAUACGUUCUUUUCUAUUGCGUUUGUUAUCGCUGUUACUGUUGCUUAGAUAUUCCUUUCACCGACUCAUGGAUUCAUCUCUGUUAUCAAGAACUCAACGAUCAGUUUGAGUAGAAGGAUGUAGUAGCAACGCAUGCCUCAUCACGGUAUUGAAACGUUUCGAAGGUUAAGGUGCCACAACUAGCAAACGCUGCCGUAUAGGAUACUGAGUGGAGGAUCCCGAGCUAAGGUCCUAAGGUAACGGAAGGACCAACAGGAUAGGUAGGAUGUCCGCUGCGGUGAUGACAACCGAAGCUGCCGGAAGCGCCACUCCACCAGUGGCAGUUGAUACUGGCGGAGACGAUACGCUUUGGCGGGAGGCGGUUCGGUGGCUCGUGGACUUGGACAUGCUGCCGAAAGAUCAUAUAGUCAUGGCACCCGAUGCCGGAGUGGAACAUCUGGCGUAUACACUUCGCGAUGGGGUCGUGUUGUGCAAUCUCGCUCUACAGUUGCAACCAGGCUGCAUUGACCACAAGGACAUGUCUCAGCGGCCACAAAAGUCACAGUUUCUUUGUAAUAAAAACAUUCGAGCAUUCCUACAGGCGUUAUCCACGAGCUUCGAUCUGAAGUCGCCAUCAGACCUGUUUGAGCCCGAGAUGUUAUUCGAAUACACGGAUUUCAAACGCGUCCUUCACACACUCGCGGCCAUGUCCAAUUCUCCUCCGGCUUUAAAAUCUGGAGUUAUUGGAUUUAAGGCCCCGAAGGGAAUUGGUAACAGCGACUAUUAUAAUCAAAGCAUGUUUCUUAAUGAAACGGCAACACCAAAUGGUACAUCAUUUGACAACAAUGGGCGUUGUAACAUGAAUGGUGAGCUAACUGGUGGACCAAGGAGUCCACGUAUUACCGAGGCAGAAGAGAUCUAUCACAAAAUCUGCGUUGUACCGAGGAGCGCGCCGAAACCUAAGACGGUUCCUUUGGAAAAGCGUGACCUAUGUAUACAGGAGCUUCUCGAAACUGAAAAAAAUUAUAUCCAAGCCCUACAGAUGAUUCGGAAAAAAUUUCAACAGCCGCUGGAACCUGUACUACGAGAAGAUGCUGAGAUAAUUUUCAAACACAUUCGAGGGCUCAGCGAGGUGCACACAGGCCUUCUGUCAGACCUGCACGUAGCUAAUCAGGUACCGAACGGCCGCAUCUCGGAGUGCUUUCUACGGUGGAAAAACUCACUCAUCGUAUACGGGGAUUAUUGUUCUAAUUACCCGCGAGCUCAGCAGCUUCUCCAGGAACUACAAUCGAAGAAUGACACCGUCGCUCAGGCCAUAGACAAGUGCCAGAGAGAGACAAACGAUGGUCGCUACCAAUUGAAUACUCUCCUAUGUGUACCCAUUCAACGUGUUCUAAAAUACCAUUUGCUUCUGAAGGAGCUAGUAAAAAAUACACUUCCCCAACAUGAUGAUUACCUCGGACUGGAGAAAGCGCUUGAAGCCAUGCUCGACCUAUCUGCGUACAUCAACGAAGUAAAACGAGACUCAGAGAUGCUUCAGAUCAUAGGGGAUAUCCAGAGUUCCAUUACCGACUACCAUCUACCAAGAAACGUGCAGCUAAGGGAUCAUGGCCGUCUCCUCAAAGAUGGUGAAGUAAAGGUGAAAAGCCAUAGAGACCAAGGAGUCAAAAAUCGUUAUGUGUUCGUAUUCGACCGAGUUCUACUCCUUUGUAAAGCCACAAAGAUGGUGGACAAAUGGCUUGGGGGUGACCAGUAUGUGUACAAGGAGUCAAUCCCUCUAGGUUCGUACCGGCUGGAAGACUAUCAGCCGCUAGGUGGACUUGGUGGGGGUGCAGGUGGCGCCAGCUCGGGAGUAGCGUCCUCGGCUUUAGUUCCGGCGAAAUCGUGGCAACAUCAGUUUCUACUUGUACAUCACGACCAGAAAACGGCGUUCACAAUAGCUACGAAGACGCUUGAUGAUAAGCUUAAAUGGAUAGAGGCUAUCCAAAAAGCACUGGACAAUCUCGACCCUCCAGCAGCGGCUCAAACAGACCAUGAGCGUUUGGAUAUGAAAACAUUUGCUGCACCCAUGUAUUGUCAUCAAUGCAAUAAACUUAUGAAAGGGAUCUUCUAUCAGGGAUACCAAUGCACUAGAUGUCAAAGAAUCCUCCACAGAGAAUGCAUCUCACAGUCAAGGCCAUGUCACCUACAAAGUCCAACUUCCGUUACGCCCGUUCCACUAUCCCGGUCAGCACCAAGUAUCGGGCAAGCUUGUGCAUGCCGAUCUUAUAAUGGCGGAAACAACGAGGACCAUCUGACCUUCGAAACGGGUGAUAUCAUUCAAAUCACUCGCAAAUUAAGCGUCGUCCUUUGGGAAGGGCGGAUAGGCAAUCGUGCAGGGUUUUUUCCUGCACAGCACGUCGAAGAGAUUUCCUCGCUGAACCUAGAGGAGUAUCCCUGGUUCGCCGGCAAUAUGAGUCGCGACAGAGCAGAGGCUACCUUGGAAUCAUGUCCUGAGGGCACUUACCUUGUGCGAAUUUCAAAUAAGCAACUUUCUGGUCAGCUGAGCCAACUGGGUCCUCAGCCUGGUUUCGCUAUCUCGUUAAAAGUUCGCGGUGCCGUAAAGCACAUGCGAGUGUGUAGUUUUGUUAGUGAGGUGUUGGUGCCGGACGCAAGCCCUCCUCCUCCUGGGGCGGGCGCUAAUACCGGCGAAUGGCUGUAUCUUUGCAAGAAGAAGCUGUUUCGCUCCAUUCUGGAUCUUGUAUCCUGGUAUCAGGAACAUUCGCUGGCCGAAAGUUUUGCGGGGCUCAACGAGACUCUGCGGACGCCGUACAAACGCGUAUCGAACGCUGUCGGACCGCCAGUUAUUUCUUAUGCUCUUGUGGUUCAUGAUUUCGAACCCAGCCACACAACAGCCGGGGAUCAAAAUAGAGCGCAGUUUCUACCGCUUACAAAAGGUGAGCGGGUAGCAAUCUUGUCAAAGGAAGGAGAUGAGCGCGGUUGGUGGAAGGGCCAUCUUAACAAUAACUUCGGCUUCUUUCCUAAGACCUACGUGCAGGAAAUUCAGCAACAGGACAACAAUCAUUAAGCUAUUCGACAAAGAAGGACCCGUUUUCAGAAUGCAACAUCUGAAAAUCUCAUUACAUGAAAAAAGCAUUAUUGAAAUGUCCGUAUACAAACGAAACGCAAGACAAACAAUAGGACCGCUGCAUCACAUACUGUGUGGUAAAGGAUAGUUUGCGUCGACCAGCAAGCAAAUGCGCUCUUAAAAGAUGGAGAGUAUUGCUUUUGCAAAACAGUUAGAACCAAUACACUGCUCCUAAAGCUUUAGGAAGCGCAUCCAGUCGAAGAUGUGCGUCUUAAGAAUUAGCUUAUGCACGAUUAGACAUACAAGUAUUUAACGAUGAUUCUACGUUCGCCACGCUAUUGCGGCGUCGGCCACUCAUCGCAGACGUGCGGUCUGUCAGUGGAAGUUCUCGCGGUGGAACGAAGUACAUAUGAAUCGACGACGCAGACUAAAGCCUCAACUCGGUAGCCGGCUGUAGCAAGGAGGCACGUGCCUAAUAUGUUCAUAAUUUUUUAUAGGCACCAACAUUAUUAUUACUAUUAUUCUAGUUAAGCAUGUCCUAAUAUGUCGUACGCAUAGUCAAGUCAUGGCAAAGCUUACAGCCGUUGCGUAUUUGUAGAUAAACACCAUUAUUAUGUGUUAUUAUUAUUCGUAUCGGUCACAAAGGUAAUGACUGUCUAGCCAUGCUCUGUCGGGAUGUCUAUCUGCGUAUCUAUGUACAUUUAUUUAAACAUUCUGAGGCCAUUAUUCGGAGCAGUUAAGUGCAACCAUCUGGCGGCGGUCCGUUAAGGACUUGCGGAAGUAACGCAGGCGUCUAGAGAUUGCAUAGCAAUUGCCUUUGCUCAUAAUGGGCUCUGUGACAGACUGUUGAGAAGAGUGCGUCACAAAGAAGUCGAAUUUUUCUAGUUUUGGAACAGUCGCAGAAAAAACUACUUGUCGCAGAAGUUGUAGAAUUAGCAAGUGUAAAGGUCUUUGGGCAUAAUUGAACGCGCAAUCGUAUGCAACCAUUUUGGACCGCCUGCUUUGCCUGAAUUAAAGGCUAGACAGGUGAAUCAACUUCUACACAUUUCUUAAGUAAUUUUGAAAGUUCGUAUUGUGACGUAAUACUCUGCCGUGUGUAAGCUAUCGAUUCAACCUGUACAUGACGUCAGGACUGCAUUCAUCCAAACGCAUAGACGGGCUUUGAGAUAGGCAGCUAUAACGACCGAAAAUUCACUCAAGCGUCACAGUCGUUGCAGAAAGUAUUGCGUGCUCAAGUAAACUUAGUGAAAUUAUAGCAUCCUCACGCAAGACAAUGAAGUCAGUAACUAAUUUAUGCUUAAAUCCUUGGAAUGGAGAAAGCAAUAGCAGUUGCAGGAAGUAUAUCCUUACAUGAUGCAUAAAGUUUCUGAUAUUUUUUGACCAGGCUGAGCCUAAAACAAAUAUUCUAACAGCGCUUGCAUCUAACCUAAAAAGUGCCACCUUCGACGUAUCUGUAUAUAAAAAGGAUUCCGUUUACUAUUGAAUUGAAAACAAAAGAGUAUUCUGCACUACUGCUCGUGGCUGUCGUAUUAUUUAUUGUUUUCCUUUCAACGUUCAUUUGCAUAAAAGUUGUUCCUAUUUUCAAUUGUUGAACAACACGUUUCCUUAUAAACUAACUGCAGCUCCAUAAAAGGGAAUGCAUUUUCAAGAAGACCCUUUCUGGACAUGACCCAGUUACGAAUACAUCUGCAAGGCUUUAGAAUCCGCUCAUAAUGAUCGAUUAUCUCUCGUCCAAUCAAUAACACAAUGGAUGAACUAAGCAGUGCCUCGAAUCCUUCCUUACGGCCCCCAUCGUAUUGCUUUACAACGAUAAUUGUUAGCCACGAAACCGGGUUUCUAUGUUUUCAAACGCCGUGAAAGAUCGGUCCUCAAGAGAUUUCCGAAUUCGGAACGUCAUAGUUUCAUUCAUAUAAACUAUACGCGAUGGAGGGUUUUUUUACUUACGUACCCAUUAGCAAAUGGCAGACACUUGGCCCCUCGUUCCUUACGAAUUCAAUAAGUUUACUGUUCCUUCGCUGAUUAACGAAUACAGUGAUGUUGAGAUUAAUUAUGUACGUGCAAAUGUAUGCAAUAGUAGCGUGUGUACUGGAACUGGGAUACGAAACCAGCUGAGACCUACGAAAUCGUCGCCAUCGAACAAGUCUUUUGCUAAAUUCUAAAUGCUCCCUGUUAUCCGUAAUGAAUAGUAGCUUUCAUUCCGUAUUUCAACCGGGAAGCAUGGAUAUCAUUUGGACAGGUAGUCUAUUUCUGUGAACAUAUUAUAGCUCCGGCAUGAUUAUAAUAGCAAUGGCGACCGUUAACAUCGUUUCCGUAAUAUACAUUUGGAUGAACUUCAGAAGCCACGCGAGGCUUAUAUAUGCAUUCACUGUUCACGCUAAACUAAUCAAGGUGCCCUCGUCUUGCGCAUCGGUUGACAGGAAUGGCAAAAUUACAUAGAGGAUUAUAAAAUAAAAUGUGUGAAUAUUAUUUAAUGCAUCUGUUUGCGUUUAUGAGCGCUAAAUUAUAUUAUUUAUUAUCAUUUAGACGUCUAGAAUGCAGAUAGAUAUGCAUUCUAGAUAUUUGAAUGCCGUGUCGACGGCAACAUUGCGAAGCUCACGAGUUAUUUCGUGAUGACCAAUGAGGCCGCUAGCAAAGGGAGAUUUCAGUAAUAUUAGUAAAGAAGAAACGGCUGACUCGUAAAAGCUAUCUCUGGUGCUGAUGAGAUACUUUCGACAAAACUCAGAAUGUUACACGCAUGAGUUCAAUCGCCUAAUUGUUCUUCUUUACAUGAAACAGCUAGGCAUAUCUUCACAGUCUCAAUCUCUCUGAAUAUAUCAUCUUCGUGUAGGGUGUUGCCAUGGGUAAAUGGCAGAUUUUAAAAAUUGUGUUUAAAAGUGAGUGUGUACUCAAAGUGAACAGUCAGAAAGUACAUAAGGCCUGAGUUGAUUAUAUAGGACGCAUCGGGCUUACGCUGCUGAAGGACGGUAACAUAGGCCUAGAAAGGAAGUAGCAUACUGGUAGCGCUAGAUCUCUUUUCACUGAAAGCUACGCUAGCAAAGUUGCGGCAUUCAACAAGCUGGACAAACCGACGCAAUUGAGAAGCUUUCGGAUGCAUAGUUAGCUUGGCCAAUACGGCCCUUUUUCGCAUAUAUGUCCGAAUGGUAUGUCUAGACAAGCUGCCUCAACGACAAAACAAUUCACUAACCGUUGUUAUUGGAGCUGUAUACUUUCGUUUCGUAACCAUUGCAUGUACUAUCGUAUUUCGUUGUGUUUCAUUGGUCAGCUGUCAACGGAAACUUCUACGUAACUUGACUCUGUGAUUAAUCAAGUAGCGUUUUUCAAAGUUCAGAAUAAUUAUAUCACUUUGUAUGGAAAAGAUUAUCGCGAAAUAUGCUCCUAUUGAAUUGUUCGAGUGACUUGUUCAAUAGCAACAUAUGAAAGGGCCAUAUUUUAACCACAUUUGGUACGGCAGCGAGAUGAAAGAAAAAAUAUCAAGAUAAGAGCAAUAAGUUUCAUAACGAACUUGGCUCAAAAUGGUCGUGGUCAACUUCGCAGCUGACCAAUUCGUAUCGCCUGCUCAAUAGCGAGUGCCAUCUUUGAACUUCGGAUGCCUGUAAAGCUGACAAACAGUUUAACUGACAUCUACGUUUCCUUAAAUUGAGGCAGAAAAUCUUAGGUCUCUUCGGAGGCCCAUGCAGUUAGACAAGCCGGCUGUGUGUCUGUGCGUGUGUUAAACGUUUGCGUCGGUAUUUAUGAUUAGGAACGUUUUCGUAAUCAAGAAGAGGCGACAGUAUGGUUCAGGCAGGAGCAGACAAGAUUGACUAGCGACAAAGAAAAGCUAUAGUAAGAUAUAACGACGGUUUUAUAUGGUGUCAGACGUACACAAAAGACUCUUGAAGACUGUGUAGUAAUCCCAUACAACACCGCUACCCAUGUAAUCUCUAUUCUUUUUACUACUACCGUGCCGCAGCGAUAGAUAACUGAAGAUGGAUUUUUCUAGGUUCUGUCGAGGCAUUUAGUGAUGAUCGACUGGUCUGUUUUAACGCUACAAUCGGGUUCCACACUGAAUAGACAAAGGAAAACGUAGACAAUUUAUUCUUCGGUUCCGGCAACUGAACUCGACUUGCCUAGUAGAAACGUCGGGUGCCCAACAGCAGAGUAGUACGACCUAGGUGCAAUAAAAAAAAUUUUAUUUCAUAAUUUUGGCCCUGAGUUACAACCCACGCCACUUCAGCUGAGCCGUAAAGUAUGCGAAACGACGGUAAUAAAAUAUUUAUUAUACACCGAUGCUAAGUAUAUAUCGCUGCGAUAAUAAGUGCAUAUUGCGGGCGUACGCGGGGUACCACAACAAUGACACAAGACAAAAACUAUUAGUUCAGGUUUGCAUUGGGAACCUCGCUAUACAGGCGUGAUUGAUCCUGGCAAUAAACGCGCUGGAGAUACGUUGCUCCACGAAUCAAUAUAACCAAUCACGAAGCUGUUUGAGUUCUGUGAUUGGUUAUAUUGAUUUAACCUAAAAGUGUAGCGAAAGGGAAGCUGGGAAAGUUUACUUCACAGUCGAGUCGAGUGAUGUCAUGUUUGUGCCAAGAAAUAUGUAUAUGCUCCUUUGAAAUUAUAGCUUUUCGCAAAAUAUCAGUCUCCCCCGUCCCGAUCUCUCUCCCGUUUCUCUCUCUAAGCAACAAUAGGAAAUAUUUCUCGUUUAGAAAUGAUGCGUUGAAAAGGACUCUUAUUCCGUCAUCCUACAAAUACGCAUUGGCACAUUUUUAGCGGGUUGGUUACAGUAGAAAAGAGGGACUACAGCUCACCCACCGUAAGUGAAUUGACGCACAUAGCAAUGCUGAAUAUAAGACAAACGACAAUAUCAACCAGUUCUUACGUUUAAUAACAAUAUCAUAACCUAGUUUGAUAAUGUUAAUUCAAUGAUCUGCGCAAGCGCCAUUAAUAACAAUACAUUAUUAUGUGUGUGUGCCAUUGUCAAUGUUUGUCUAUAUUUGUACAUUACAUGAGGUCGACUCUGAGGUACAGAUCUUGUUGUUGUUGUUAUUAUUAUUGUUAUUAUUACAGUGUGAUCCGUGUUUUUCAAGGCGAUAGUUAUCAGCGGAAUGUUCAUUUACGCUUUCUGUUAGCGCAGAAAAAUACAAUAAUAGAAAUAAACGAAAAUUAGUUGAACGUCUAUCUGCUCAUAAUAACAGGAAAUAAUUAAGGCUCUCGAAUACGAUAGCAGAGGUAGGGCUGCGUUCAAUGGCAAACUGUUCGAGUUUCAGCGAUACCACCUCUCUAUGUGUAUCUCCGAUGAGUAAUUGUUACGCAACCCUUAUCACAUGUAGAGAUUUCCGUAUAUGAAACAUAGUGGACCGAGGUUGAGAAGCCAACCAAUGCAUGCUUAUACAAAAACUAACUCACACGUUAUAAUGCAGGCCCUUGAAUGUACAGAUUCAAGACGAGAAUACAGUGUGAUGGAACAUUUACAAAAUAACAUAAGUGAUGAUGGAAACGAUAGCGACAUGACCCUAGCGCUGUUAGGUCGUUGAAUGGUAAUCGUACAUGCAACGAGUCCGUGGCCUUAUGGAUUUAUUGCAAGCUCAACCUCGCAAAAUUAUAUGCCACCUGGCGGUUUGAUAUGAUGUAAACUGUGACUUAUAUCUAAUAGGAGCAUGUAAUUCCUAAACACUAUAUACAAGCCUUUGUCUUCGCCCAGACGCGUCGCGGGGGUGUAGUCACAGUGAUGCCGGCCCACGCUCGCCAGGAGAACAACGAUCGCAAUUGCGACAGCGGAACAAGUAAUUGAAGUAGACAGUAAUAACAAACGGUAACAAUAUAAAAAAAAAAAUGGGAAUAUUUUCAAUCAAUUGAGUAAAAUCUGGAUCAUAAACUCAAGUGGCUUGUCAAAUGAAAAACCAUAUACGCCAUGUAAAUGCCAUGAAUAAUGUCAAUCUGAGCUAUUAAAUACAAGUUAAGCGAUUAUAGUGUGAAAGAGGCGCCAUAUAGGAAUUUGAAAUGGAUAGGUGAACGCGUGAGGGACAAGUUAGGGGGGAUGCACAGUCGUCGACCCUCAAUAAAAACAAGAUGCACGUAGGCUUAUGUACUCUGGUAGUUGCACAAUGAGUAUCAUGUUUGUAUCUCCGUUGAUAUAUACCUAAAUAAAUACAGGCGAAUUAGUAGACCAGCGUAACUCCAGACUGAGAGCAGCUUUACAGGGCGCGAAGACCUUAUAGGCAAAAACACGGACCUUAAUAACAUUGAACUCUAACGAUCAAAUGAUAUUGCUGCGUCAAACUAAUAAAGAGAAUAACACUAUGAAA